UGCUCGCACAUGCGCUGCUCUUGGCUUCCCCCGGAGGCUCGUUUCCUGGUUGGGUCCAUCCCAUCCCCAGUAAGAAAAAGUGUCUUCUCUAGUGAUCCGAGAUACAUCUAUAUUUGGGACAAAGUCCUUUGCUGGCUUUUGGAUUCUUCUGUCCAUUUCACAGUGGUAGCACUGCAGUUGAUGACAAGCUGUUAAUGCUCUACUGACUGACCUGUAUCUUAAACACUUUAAUGUGCAUCUUUGAUGUCUGUGAGCAUUGAUGACAUCAGCAGAGUAAUGAGAAACAACAUCAUUGGGGAAGAGGCCAUGGCUGAAACUAAUCAAAGAAAAAUUCCUGGUUGAAUUAAGCAGUUUGGGGGAUAUAGAACUAGACAAGACAUUGAUAGGAGGUAUUCACAAAUAUUGGGUCUUGAUGGAAUGCACAGAACAUCCUCUCCAAGUCCUCUAUGGCAUUUCCUUCAUCUUGGCAGUCAAUCUGGAAAAUGACAGCCUUGAAAUUUGCCUUCUGCUCUUCAGAUAUGGUGUUGGUGUUAGCAAGCCAAGGUCAAAGAGUUCAUCUCACCCCAAAGAUAAAUUCUACUCCAAAGAAGGGCUACAGGAUCAGAUAUGGAGGGACCAAUAGGUGUAGGUAAAAUCACUGUGCAACCAUGGUGCUUUCUAAGAAUUCUCACCGGAGGCGAGCUGGAACCUCAGAAGAAAAGUGCUAAAAGCCAGCACAACCAAUCAAAGACAUGACAUUAUUCCCAUUGUUGUUGGUCCUGGCUGCUGUAUUGGCCCCAUCCAUUCUUCAAGAACACUGUAAGGAUACGAAUUUUGAGGAUUUGAUAACCUCUAAAGAGUCAGUCCAAGAAGAGAUUGUAAACAAGCACAACCAACUGAGAAGAAUGGUUUCUCCACCUGGUAGUGACUUACUAAAGAUGCAUUGGAGUUAUGAUUCCCAAGCGAAUGCACAGAUUUGGGCAAGCCAGUGCAGUUACCAACACAGUCCUGCAGAUUCCAGGACCACCAAAAUAAGAUGUGGUGAGAAUAUCUUCAUGUCAAGUUAUCCAGCAUCAUGGUCUCAUGUAAUCCAAAGCUGGUUUGAUGAAGGCAAAUAUUUCAACUUUGAUUCAGGCCCAAAUCCACCUGAUGCAAUAGUUGGAAAUUAUACUCAGGUUGUUUGGAAUUCAUCUUUCCAAGUGGCAUGUGGAGUUGCUAAGUGUUCUCACCAAUUAUUGCCAUUCUUAUAUGUUUGUCACUAUUGUCCUCCUGGUAAUAUUGAAAGAUGGCAAUACAUCCCUUACACAAUAGGGAAACCGUGUGCCCUUUGUCCUGAUCACUGUGAAGAUGGACUCUGCACAAAUAGUUGUGAAUAUGAAGACAAGUUUUCUAUCUGUGAAGAAUUGAAGGCUUCACUAACCUGUGACUAUCCAAUGGUUAACCAAGUGUGCAAAGCUACAUGUAACUGUAAACGCAAAAUUCAUUAA